AUGCUGGGCAGAUGAUUGGCGGCCAGAAAUGAGCUCCGAUUUCGAGAUCGACGCGACUUGCGGCGGCGGGCCGUCCACGGGCGCCGCCGCCGGCCUCAAUCAUCACAAUCAACAAUGGAACGCGCUGGCGGAAGAUGCUGGGCGGGCGACGGGCAGUCGAGCGUCCUCCUCCGCUCAGCGAUGCAGUUGCUGCACUCGAUGCUGGACGGCCGGCUGCACUUGGCUGACGUCGGCCGUGGGCGUGUCCAUCCUCUUGCUGGCCUACCUGAUCAUUGGGGCCGUCAUGUUCAUGAUCCUGGGCAAUCAGGACGUCCACCCCAACCCGAAAUCAGCCGGUCAGCAGCAGCCGCAGCCGCAGCAGGCGGCUGGGCGGGCGAUGGCCGUCCAUCCGCACCAUCCGCACCAUCAGCAGGAGCAGUUGCACUACGCCGAUCCUGACGGUCGGCUCCUGGAGAAGACGCUGGCCACGGUGGACCGUCUGUGGUCCAUCACGGAGGAUCUCAACAUUCUGUACAGGGACAACUGGACCCAUUUGGCCCGGGUGGAGAUGCGCCACUACCAGGACCAGAUCGUCCGCACCCUGCGCCAGAUGAUGCUCGAGGAUCGCUACUCCUUCCGACAGACCUGGACCUUCCCCAUGUCGCUCCUCUACGCUCUCACGCUCAUCACCACCAUCGGGUAUGGAUUUUACACGCCGACGACUUUGUUGGCCAAAAGUUUGACGACGGCCUACUCCUUGCUGGGCAUUCCGCUCUUUCUGCUCUACUUGUCGGUGGUGGGCGAGCGGCUGGCCAGGAUCAUCAACCGGAUGACUUUGUCGUGUUGCUGCUGCUGCAACGACAACAUGGCCGUCAUUUCCGGCGACGACGAGGACGACGAGGAGAACCAGACGGGCAGUGGCCGGCCAGGCGGUCGGCGAAGACUCGGUGCCUAUCGACAAUACAGUGACGUCACGCUGGCCCUGCAGCCCAUGUCGUUCCGCGGGGCCGGCAGCAACGGGCACGCCGGUGGCCAGCAGGAAAGCGGAUCGACGGCCGGUGCCGGGCAGCCGUUCAAAGACGAUGCGGCUAUGGCGGGCGGGCGCAGAAGGAGCUUGCUGGCCUCCUCGCCGUCCGCCUGCUGCUCAGCCUCGCCCGACACGACUCAAGUGCCUCUGCUGGUCUGCGCCGGACUGCUGGCCAUCUUCGUCGGCCUGGCCAGCUUCCUGCUGGUCCUCUUCGAGCCGCAGCUGGGCUUCUCCGGCAGUCUCCACUUGACCAUCAACCUGCUGAUGACGCUAGGCUUUGCCGGUAAUUUAUUGCCCGGCAUGAGCGCCGAAGCCAGCCCUGGGGACGGCCCGGAAGACCCAUCCGGCUCGCGCAGUCACCCGCAGGGCGUCGGCUCUCAAAUUUCGCUCAUCAUCGUCGCCUGUCUCAUCCUGCUGGGCACGACCCUCCUGUCGUCGUCCUUCACCGUCCUGAUGGACAACAUCAGCCAAACCCGAUCGGCCAGCAUCGGCCCAGCCGACGCCGCAAGGACUCCCACCAGGUCGGCCACCACCACCGCCAACUGCUAUCACCCGUCGCCCACUCGUCAAUUCUCUUGAAUUAAAAAAUUCAAAUGAAAUGAAUUCAAAUUUAAUCAAUUUUUGGUUAAAUUUUUAAGUUUUGAUUUUGUAAAUAUCAAAUGAUCGUCUAACCCGAGUUAAUUUUUUGAUCUUCCAAAAAAAAAGUAUUUAUGGAUGUAUUUAACAAAAUAAUUUAAAAAAAUAAUAAAUAAAAUGCUGAUUAAUAAAUAUAAUUAUUAAAACGAA